GUUGCUCCCGGUGACUGAGGACAGACAUGGCGGCUGCUGUUGGUAGGGUGACGGGGACGGCGCUCCUGAGAGCCGGGAGAUCGUCUCUUUUUCAAGCAAAGAGAUGUCAAAGUGCAGUGUCGUAUGCUCAGACCACGCUGAACUUUCCAGAGACCAGGAUUACUACCCUGGAGAAUGGCCUUCGUGUCGCCUCAGAGGAGACCGACCACCCCACUUGCACGGUUGGUGUAUGGAUUGAUGCUGGGAGUCGGUACGAGAAUCAGAAGAAUAACGGCGUGUCAAACUUCCUGGAGCACAUGAUUUUCAAGGGUACAAAGACGCGAUCACAAUCAGCGCUGGAGCAGGAAGUGGAAAGUCUGGGCGCCCACUUGAACGCAUACACAUCCCGGGAAAACACUGCCUUCUAUAUGAAGUCUCUGUCCAAGGAUUUACCAAAAGUUGUGGAGAUUCUCGGCGACGUGAUCCAGAACAGCGCUCUGGCUGAUUCCGAAGUGGAGCGGGAGCGGCAGGUGAUUCUCCAGGAGAUGCAGGAGUUGGAGGGCAGUUUGGAGGAUGUGGUCUUUGACUACCUUCACGCCACAGCCUUCCAGGGCACUCCUCUGGGCCACACCAUUGUGGGCCCCACUGAAAAUGUCAAGCACCUGGGACGCAAGGACCUUGCAGAAUUCAAGAACACUCAUUACAAGGCACCGCGUAUGGUCCUGGCUGCAUCUGGAGGUAUCAACCACGAUGAGCUGGUGAGCCUGGCGAAGAAGGAGUUCAGUGGGCUUCCCUUCAAGUAUGAGGCUGAUGCUGUGCCGCUCCUGACCCCUUGCCGUUUCACAGGGAGUCAGAUUUUGGUCCGAGACGACGACUUGCCUCUGGCACACAUCGUGAUGGCCGUGGAGGGAGCCAGGUGGUCGGAUCCUGAUACCAUUCCCCUCAUGAUCGCCAGCACCCUCAUAGGCAACUGGGACCGCACGUGCGGAGGCGGCUCGAAUCCGACCAGUAACCUGGCCCGGAUUUCGUUUGAAAAUCAGUUGUGUCACAGCUUCCAAUCGUUCAAUAUGUGUUACUCCGACACGGGCCUGUGGGGCAUCCACAUGGUGUGCGAGGGGAUGACCAUCGAAGACAUGCUUCACUUUACACAGGCAGAGUGGAUGAGCCUUUGCACGAGUGUGACUGAGAGUAAGGUGAACAGAGCUAAACGCACCCUGAAAACCAACUUGAUCAGACAGCUUGAAGGUACCACGCCACGAUCUGAGGACAUCGCCCGGCAAGUCAUGAAUUACAGACGCCACAUUCCUCUGGCGGAGUUGGAUGCCAUGAUUGAUGCUGUUGAUGCCAAAGCCCUACAGGAAGCUUGCAACAAGUACAUCUAUGACCGGUGUCCUGCCAUCGCUGCAAUCGGCCCAAUUGAGCAGCUUCCCGAUUACAACCGGAUCCGCAGUGCUAUGUACUGGCUGCGACUGUAAACCAAGUCAAUGUCAACAUGUUUCGCUCUGAGCCUCUUGUUCUCCACCAUUUCAGAACGAUCUCUUACUCGCUUGUGCUUUUAUAUAAAAUGCAUUCUGUACUGUGUUUAAAAUUAUGUAACGUCGGUCGCAGAACGGUCUUGCAGUGUGCUUUGAGACUGAUUAAACAGCGAGGCAUUGUAAACCUUCAAAUGUACAGAACUUAAAAGUAAAGGUUAAAUUAUAAAGC